AAAAUCAAAAAAAUAAAGUGCAAAAAAAGCAAGAAAAUCCAUCCUAAAAAGCUAAAGGCUUACAUUCCUGCAGACAGCUCAGGAGUUUCUCCCGGUGAGCUGCUAAAAAUGAAUAAGACAAACAUCCUGGUGGUUGGUAAACCUGGAAUUGGCAAGACAGCGGUCACUCAUCAAAUGCUGAAACUCUGGGCAGAAGGUGACAACAACAAACUAGAUUACAUGUUUUAUUUUGACAUGAGAGAAACAUCCCAAAUCACAAGUGCAAAGAAUCUGGAGGACUUGCUUUUCAGUGCGUACAGAGAACCAGAUGAAGGCAAAGAAGAGGUGUUACAGGAUAUAAAGAAUAACUCUGAAAAUGUUACUGUCAUCUUUGAUGGACUCACAGAUCUGCAAUGUUCCCCAGUGGUGCAGGGACUUGUAGAGAAGCACCUGCUACCUGAUGCAAAGAUUGUGAUAACAUGCAGACCAGAGGUUGAAUCAGAAGACUUCUUGUUGGACUGGGCUUCUCUCAGAGUGGAGGUGAAAGGCUUCAGUGAAGAGUCCAUCAAAGCGUACUUAUCUAAAAUGCUCAGUGCUGUGCACUUGAGCAGUGUUUUGAACAACUUGGAGUUGUUCACUCUCUGUCAUGUCCCGAUGUAUGCACUAAUGGUGGCUGCCUGUUUCUCUUUUAAGACCUCAAAGGAUUAUCAACAACCAUGCACAAUAACUGAAAUAUAUAUCAACAUUCUACGCUUUUGUGUUCAAAAAAGCCAUGGCAUGAUAAAAAACAGAGGUCUAAAUGACUAUAUCAGAAAAAAAUGUGAGGAAAUAUUGUCUUUGGCUGAGGUUGCUUUUCUUGCAACUCAAGGAAAAAGUGUGAACCUGACAUCACUGCAGUGUGAGGACAGCUCUGUUCAUUCUGCCUUUCUGAAGACACUUGGAGAGAAAGUCGCCCCAACGCAGUGGAGAAGCUCAUCUGCAUUUCUCCACUACACAGUGCAGGAGUUUUUUGCUGGGAUUUGGCUCUUGAUGAAUCCAGAAAAAAUGACAGACGUUGUUCAGCAGUGUCUGACUGAGGGGAAGAAACACAUGAAACAUUUGAUCCCCUUCAUGUGUGGAUUCUUGAAUGACAGGAAUCUUGAUACGUUGGGGCAUCUGAUUCUAGCUCAGCAGGUCAAAGAUACAUCCAAGUGGUUCUUCAAAGAGUUGCUGAACACAUUUAUCCCUUGUCCACCUAACCAAGAUGACAGUGAUGGGCUAGAUAUUCUGUUUUUAUGUCAAUGCCUGUAUGAAUCCCAGUCCUCUGAAGCCUGCCUCUUCCUUCUGAACAAACUGGACUACUGUCUUGAUUUGAGUGGAAAGAGUCUUGAUCCUUACCACUGGUGUGCUGUGUCCUAUGUAAUCAGUCAGUCUGAGGACAGAAAAAUAACUUUGAAUCUUGACAACGUCAUGAUAUCAGAACAAGGAUUGAGCCUAAUACUUGUUUGCCUCAGGAACGUCCAGUGGUGUGGGUGCAACUCUUUGCAACAGCAACUCUGGAGAGCUUUCCUUCUCAGUGAGGUUUAG